AUGACAAUUGUAAAAUUACCAACAUCAUUGGUUUCAUUUGCCAUACUCUGGUUCACAAAGGACUAUAAUGCAAUGUCGCUCCUUAUUAUGGCAUCAAUUGUCAUGAUUUGGGGUGCAUUUUUCUCAUUCCUUGUCCAUAUCAGAGAAAUGAGCGAACAAACUGAAGAUCAUCUACUCGAAGAAGAUCAAGCCGCUAUUACUGAUAAAAUUGAUGAAAAACAAUUAGAAAAUUUCGAUGAAGAAGAAAAUGAUGAAGAUGAAGAAGACCAUGAAUCAGCAUAA